GCCCAGGUUAUUGGGCCUUCCACUUAGUCCAGAUUUUAAAUGGGCCGAAAAUGGCCCACAUCAAAUUACACUUGAAACCCAAAAAUAAGCAUAUACAUACAGUCACACGCAAAUCUACAUGUAUAUGUAUAUCGCUUGCAACAGAUUCUGCUAUAAUUAUUGCGGUGGCAGACGCCGUUUGGCAGCAUCUCGCGCCGUCUGGAGUUCCGGUGGCAGCUCAGAUAGCCGAUUCCCGGCGAAAUAUCACUAAGAAAAGAAGUGAAAUCAGUUGGUUGCAAGCCGGUAUCUGGAAAAUGGCUGAGGGUGGAGAAGAGGAUAUGCCGAGGGAUGGAAAGAUUGUAAAGGAGUUGCUGAGAUCAAUGAGCAUUGACGAUUAUGAACCCCAAGUCGUUCACCAGUUCUUGGAGCUAUGGUAUCAAUACGUUGCAGAUGUGCUGACCGAUGCUCAAAUGUAUUCAGAACAUGCUGAGAAGUCUGUGAUUGAUUCUGAUGAUAUUAAGCUUGCCAUCCAGUCUAAAGUCAAUUUUAGCUUCUCGCAGCCUCCACCACGAGAGGUGCUCUUGGAGUUGGCUAGGAGCAGAAACAAGGUCCCGUUGCCAAAAUCAAUAUCGGGGUGUGGGAUCCCUCUCCCUCCGGAUCAAGAUAUCCUUAUACACCCCAAUUAUCAACUUGCUGUGCCUAAGAGGCAAAGGGAAGAAACUGAGGACGACGAAGAGCCUGCUGGAUCAAACCCCGGUCAGAAUCAUGAUCAGAGCGAUCUCCCACAAGACCCUUCUCAGCGAGUAUCGUUCUCGCUUGGAGCUAAAGACACAAAAUGAUGAAAGGUCAGUGAUUCUUUAUGCAUUAAGAUUAUUUUGGACCUUCAGUUUGUUCUCGUGUCUGAAAUGCCACUUUUUCCUAUUUCAACAAUUCUUUGGAAUGUAUAAAUGUUAUUUACUACAAUCUGUUAUAGUCAUUUUUUGGGCUUUUCAAUAAGGAAAUAAAAAUUGCUUGCUGUUUUUGUAGUAGCCAUGUUUGACCAGAUUGAAAACUGUGGAAUGUAAAUGUUCAUUUUCA